ACAAAUGUUACACUGGAAAAGUAGCCUACAUGAUAAAUACAAAAAUUAUUAUUGACUUGCAAGAACCUUGCCUAUCAUAAAACCGAUGUUUGGUGAUGAUAAUUUAAAUAGCUGGGAAACAUAAUUUUGUCGCAAAAUAAAUCUCCCAAAGACCUUUAGUAACGUUUAUGGAAACAUAGUUUCUCGACGGAAUUAUUCAUAUGUGACACGUUUCAUGGAGUCCGGCAUUUUUAUCUUCCCCCUCCGCACAGAUCGAAAUGCAAGCGAAUGUGGCAUUUUAAGGUUACUGUUCUUACAUUAUACCAAUUAAACGUAUCUUAUCAGCAGGCGGGAAUAGAGUAGGUAGCUAGCUGAGAUAAUUUAAGAGCAUUUUCCUGAAACGAUUGCGAGUCGUCACACUGUCAGUAGUACCACGAUGCGAGCGUCUUGAUUUGACAGCUAGAACCGAGGGUGACGAUAUUAAUCGUUCCUAACUUGCUAACAUUUCUUGCUAGCAAAGCUUUAUUUUAUUUAUAGCAAAUGCUAAAUAUUGAUUAACAAAGCUAAAGAUGUCAGAUAGCUUGGCGUUAUUGAUUGCAAGAUAGCUAGCUAACCUUAAAAUUCAACGUUUAUUUCACUCUAUCUAUGCUAGUAAGCUAGCUAGCUGUCAGAUCAUUUCGAAAGCAAAAGUGGCUAAGGUUAUCAAUAUCGCUACCAUGAGGGUUUUCGUGACGGACAGAAAGUUAUUGCCAGUUACCCUAUAAGUAAUUUAUCUAGCUAGCUAGCUAGAAAUGUAUCAAUAGACCAAGGCAAUUAUCAAACAAAAAGCUAAAUAAGAUAUCUAAAGAAGUUGAUAAGGUCCCAAUUUGGCAGAACAUGAAGCCGUUAGGGAGAAAUUGGAUGAUAGGACUGGGUGUCGGAGCCACCGCGGGUGUAGGCUUGAUUACAUUAAUAAUCUACAAAGAAAUUAGUAGAAGAAGAUCUCAAACAUUAUUACUCCACACUAACCCCCCUGAGUAUUUGAUAGACAGCCCAGAUGGAACAGCCCUUCAGAUUGAGUCACUUGAACAAGAGGUGGUGGCCCAGCAGCAGGCCCUGGAGGCGGUGGUGCAGGGGUUGUCCCCUGAGCAGGUGGAGCUGAGGAACCAACUGGAUGAGGUGCUGACCUGUGUGUCUUCCCUCCGCUUCGAGGUGGCUGAGCUCAGGACUGGCCUGCAGGACAUCGCCCAGCAGAUUAUCCAGGAUGUCAAGAAGGGUGUUGAGGAUAGCCAGAGGGCACGCAGACGCCGCCACAUCAUCAGCCAUCGGGAACGCACCGACUCCAUGAGCUCCAGCUCCAUCUAUUUCUCUGCCAGUCAAGGCGUGUAUGGAGGAGAGACCAGCGAGGGAGGGUACUCCACCGCCAACGCUGAGUCGGACUACACGGAUCGGGACACGGAUCGGGAGACCGACAAGGAGGCAGAAAGAGAGCCGGAGGAGGAUUCCGAUGAGGACAAGAGCUGUGCCACGACCAUCACUCUACGCCAGGAGGACUCCCAGGAGGAGGGAGAGGAACCACAGGAGGAAGAUGAAGAUGACGAUGAGGAGGAGAUGUUGGAGGUGAUGGCUGAAGUGCCAAGUGGGGAGUUGGCAUUACUCCUGGCCCAGAGUGAUAUCCUUCAUACGGGUGACGCUAGGCUGAAGGCAGAGGGCUUCCAUCUGCUCCUUGCCAACAAGCUACAGUAUGGCGACAGCAGGGAGUUUCUAUGGCGCCUGGCCCGUGCCUACAGUGACAUGUAUGAUUCUACCGAGGACAAGCAGGAGAAGAAGUCUUAUGCAGAACAAGGUCGGGAAGAAGCAGAGUUUGCACUAAAGAAGAAUGGCCUGAAUGCGGAAUGUCACAAGUGGUUUGCUGUUCUCACAGGCCUUACCUCCCAAUAUGAGACUAUGCAUAGCAAACUGAAAAGCAGUCACAUUCUAAAGGAGCAUUUAGACCGAGCGAUUGCCCUUAGGGACGAUGACCCACUGUGUUUCUACCUUUUGGGGCGCUGGUGUUAUGAGGUUUCCACUCUUGGCUGGCUGGAGAGGAAGGCGGCAGCUGCCUUGUAUGACAAACCACCAACAUCUACUCUCGACGACGCCCUUGGAAACUUCCUCAAGGCAGAGGAGCUGAACCCAGGAUUCUCCAAGACAGUGAGACUUUACAUCGCCAAGUGUCACAAGGAGCUGGGGAAUGUGUCAGAGGCCAAAAACUGGGCCCUGUUGGCAUUGAAGAUGCCUAGUGGCUCCAGUGAGGAGGAUAGUGCCAAGUUGGAGGCAGAGCUGGGAGCCUUGAUUGACAAAGUGACUGAGCUCUCUCUUGACGGUGGGGACAAAUAGGGCAGGACACAGCAGUUGCCACUGGAUGGCCAUUGGCAAACUAGUCCGCUCAUCACAGGCCACCCAAGUAGUAGAAACGUCUACCGACAACUGUCUCUCCUCAGUACGCCAAGUAGAUAUUCAACUUCCUAUGUCACUGAAUCGAUAUGGAGUGAGUUAUUUAUAUUGCAGUCACAUGACCUCUCAAUUGGAGUAAGUACCUUUUUUCAGAAUGAUCUUUGCCUUUCACUUCACUUACUAUGCUAUGUUUUCAAAGCACUUUCAUCUAACCGGUACUACUGUAAUUUAGCAUGUUUGUUUCUUGCUAGUGUUGACCAAAUGUGUGCAUUGUGUGGAGAGUAACUUAGAUCGGGACUAAUUCCCCUGUACAAACAUAAGCCCUACCGUUGUUUAGAUGGUGUUGUGAUAAAUGUUAACAACCUAUCCUAAAUGUCAAAUCAAAUUGGAUCAAAACAUGUCCCCCUUUAGCCUCACAGCUCCUAUAGAUAGCAAGAUUAGUAUUAUUAAAGAUUUAGUGCGUAAUGUUUCAAUGACCUAAGCACAAGUCCAGUCUUAAGUCCAUGUAAUAGCUUUUUAGAAGCAUGGACCCUUAGGUUGUCUACUUUAUUUAAUUCCAGAGUUAUGCUGCCUUUGAUUUGUUUGAGAAAAUGUUUACCUUUUGAUUAUUUAUUUGUUUGUUAAAGAUAACGUUUACUUGGCAUUUAUAUUCCUCCAUUUGCUGGUUUCAAUAGGGCAAGUUAUUGCUUAACAUUCAUAUACACAUUCCUGUAAGUGAGAAUGUGUUCAGUCAACUUACCUGGUAAAAUAAAGUCCUUUAAUCUUUCACUGUGA